AUGGCGUCGAGGCCGCCCUUUUUCGUCGACGCCACGGUCCGCGGCGCCACCGUCGCCGCCGCCUCCACGCGCGUCUCCCCGUGCUCGAUCGCGCGCACGAGCGUCGCCGCAUCACAACUGCUUCGAUACAUAGCUCAGGCCGCUCCAAGAGCGAUCAUUACGUCUGGUAUGAGCUCCACGGCUGCUGGUCUCACUGUUUCAAUUGCAAAUGCUGACAGCAGGGCAAACUGCUCAAUCGAAGCCGGCGCCCUUGCUCUUGCGGAUGGAGGACUUUGCUGUAUCGACGAAUUUGGCUUCAUACGGCCUGGUGAACUCACUGCAAUUCAUGAGGCAAUGGAACAACAGACUCUUUCAUUUGCGAAAGGAAGAGUGGUCGCUACGCUGCAGACCCGUUGCGCUGUCGUGGGCGCUUGUAAUACAAAAGGUUUUGCACAUAGUCUGUCUGCUUCUCUUGUCACGAGUACAUCUUUCUCACAGCCACUUCUUUCUCGCUUUGACUGUGUAAUGAUUCUUUCAGAUGAUCGGAAUGAAGAUGCAGAUCGCUUGCUUUCGACUCACAUGAUCUCACUUCACAGCACCGGCACGUCAAAUGAACAAAUUGGAAAACGAAACUUGCAGACUGAAACAGUUCUGAAAACGGCAAAACUAAAACUGGAUUUAUUCACGGCGGAACCAUCCAGUUCUGAGCAUGAGUCGAUACGACAUGAUUUUGAAGACAUUAAAGACGACACUGAAGCACGCUCUACUAGACCUAAGUUGUGGCCCCUUGAUCGAAUUCGGUCCUAUAUCGCACUUGUGCGUUCUAAUAUUGAUCCGGCUAUUUCUACUGAGGCUGAAGCUCUUUUGCGAGGUUAUUACCAGAUGCAGCGCCGGAAAAAGGAAAACAUCUCGGGGCACCCAACCAUUCGUUUACUUGAAAGUUUGAUUCGUUUGACACAAGCACACGCGCGACUAUUGUGGAUGGACAUGGCGACAGAGCGAGACGUGGUGGUUGCUGUGAGUCUUGUC